GAAAAAAUAAUUUUUUAAAAGCGUUUUAACUUGAAAUCAUCAUUUUUUAUUAUGAAUAAAAUAGAUUGGUUACCGGUAAAAAAUUUAACACCAGAAUAUUUUCAGUAUCGGACAUCAUAUAAACAAUCUUUAAACCGUUUUGGGCCUUGUAAAGCCGUAACAAAUAAAUCCAAUGCUUCAAAGUAUACACCCCAGCUUGAAACUUCCACUGGUAUAACGACGUUUAAUACGACGGAAACGCCUUACAUGACAAUAGAAAUGCGAGAAAAAUAUGCGUCACCUCCAACAUGGUUAGAUAAUGUAGAGGACGUUAAUGAAGAGACGAUUCGCGCCAAAGAAAUGCUAACCCAAGUCAUGUGUCAAUUAAAUAUUGGUUCAAACGAUUCUUCAAAUCUUCCAAACCUCAAUAAUUCGAAAGCUACUGCUGCUUUAAAACUAAACGAAAUUCAAAACAUUCUAGAAGAAUGCCGAGGGAAACUACAAUCGUUCCCUUCUAUGACAGCUUGUAAUAAUGUUGAGAAAGAGCUACAAAAAAACCUUUAUACAUCUUUGAUCUUAAAAAUUCACGACCUACUAGACUCCGUGGAGACACUGAAACCUAUUGUAAUACAUGCAAACAAAAGGAAUGAUAGUGAAAACGAUGGUAGUUCAAAUUAUGUAGGAGAUUCCAUGCUUAAGGAUAACUUCUCAGUAAAAACAUUUGAACCUAGAAAGCAAGGGUAUUGUGUUGCCUUACAACAAGAUUCUUUCUGUGAAGAUAUCCAAGAUGUUAAGAAGCUUGUACAGUCAGCCCAAGAACUUAAUACACUUUUCAGUAAAAUGAGUACUGGUGUGGCUUUACAAGGCACUUUAAUGGACCGAAUCGAUUAUUUAGUAGACGAAGGAGCAGCAAAUGCAGCGAGAGGAAAAGACGAAUUAAUUAAAUUUGAAAAAAAUCGUUAUAUGAAACGUGCUUCACGUCUUAUUCUGACUUUAUCCGUCGUUGACAUUGUCUUAGCGGGUUUAGUACUUUUAAAAAUUCGUAAGCGUUUUGCAUAAAAAACACUUGUACUUUUCGAAAAUCAUCUAUAAAUUACAUUCAUAAUACACGAGUAUUUCAAUUAAAAACAAAUACUUAUUAACAGUGUUUCCCAAAAA